AUGGUAAGAAUUAAGAUGAAGGCCACCGGCGGGCCGUUCAUGUGGAAGAAACUAGGGCUGCCGAACCCCAUCCCCUCUGACAGUGACGAUGAAACGUGGGACACCACUCCACCGGCCACCACCAGCACCGACACGCCACCGACUACUGAAACAGCAACAGGACGCACCGACUCACCGGCCGUCCAGACAUAUCACGGCCAGAAACGGCCAAGAACUCAGUCGCCACCUCCACCGCCGAGAUCAGAGCCAGAACCAGAAACCACCAUUGCCACACAUCCCGCAGGUCAUGAGGAAGGCGAUGCAACCACUGAUGUGCCCAGCAAUUUGCCCACUGAUGCGCCCACUAGUACGCCCAGUGAUUUCACCAGCAAUGUGCCAAGCGCUAUGCCCAGCGAUGUGCCCACUGAUGCGCCCACGGACUUGCCAAGUGAUACACCUAGCGAUCUGCCCAGUGAAAGGAAACAAGAAAAGGAGAGGACGACCUUGGUGCAUGUACUCUAUACUGUGAUACUUCAGCUUAGGAGUCUAGGAGGGGCUGAUUAA